AUAUGAGUGGUAACAAGUCGUCUUAAUAUCAUUCUUCAGUACUAAGAUGGGCUAAUCUGAAGCAACAUUUUACUCUGGUAUCACCCACGGUGCCAGGAGGAUCAAGAAGUUUGGAAGUUGAAUUUUUCUUUAUAUUUAAUUUUUAUUUCAAAAAACUCAGCUUCAGUCUAUCUUCUUUUUUUUUUUUCCCCUUUUUUUUUUCUUUUAAUAUGAAAUAACUGGACAUAAACUUCUCAGGUGGAUUAUCACAGUGCUUCCAGAAGAACUACCCAGCUUGCAAGAAACAAUGCCAUAGGAAAUUUGCUCUGUGCACCGGUAAAGAACCUGGCUACCCUGAUUAAGAAGAUAUGAAAGAAUACACACUCCUCCUCUUCCUGGCUUUGUGCUCUGCCAAACCUUUCACCGGUCCUUCAUAUUUUACAUUAAAGAAUAUGAUGCUCCAAGACAUGGAGGAAGAUGAUGAUGAUGAUGACGACAAUUCUCUAUUUCCAACCACUGAACCAAUUAUACCACUAAUGCCUUUUGAUCUGUUCCCAACAUGCCCAUUUGGAUGCCAAUGCUACGUGAGAGUUGUUCAUUGCUCUGACCUAGGUUUGACAUCAAUACCUCGCAACAUCCCCCCAGAUACUCGUAUGAUUGACCUUCAAAACAACAAAAUUAAAGAAGUCAAGGAGAAUGAUCUCCGAGGACUCACAUCACUCUACGCACUGGCGCUAAACAACAAUAAAAUCACCAAGAUCCAUCCAAAAGCAUUUCAACAAACAAAGAAGCUACGACGACUGUAUCUGUCCCAUAACCAGCUAACGGAGAUUCCAACAAACCUGCCAAACACCUUAGCAGAGCUCAGAAUUCAUGCUAAUAAGGUCAAGAAAAUUCACAAGGAUGCAUUUAAAGGAAUGAAGUCUCUCCAUGUUUUAGAAAUGAGUGCAAAUCCUCUCAACAAUGAUGGAAUAGAGCCAGGGGCUUUUGAAGGAGUAAAUAUCUAUCAUAUAAGAAUUGCAGAAGCUAAACUAACUUCGAUUCCUAAAGACUUGCCCUCGAGUCUGCUAGAACUUCACUUAGAUGACAAUAAGAUCACAACAAUUGAACUGGAAGAUUUUAACCGCUACAAAGAUCUUCAAAGGCUAGGUCUUGGGAACAAUAAAAUCAAAGAUGUGGAGAAUGGAAGCUUUGCCAACAUACCGAGUAUACGUGAAAUCCAUCUUGAAAGAAACAAGCUCAAGAAAGUUCCUCCUGGAUUACCUGAACUAAGAUACCUGCAGGUGGUCUUCCUUCAUUCUAAUCACAUUGCCAAACUGGGAGUGAAUGAUUUCUGUCCAACAGGAAGGAGAAAGAAGAAGGCAUUAUACAGUGGCAUAAGCCUCUUCAAUAAUCCUGUAAAGUACUGGGAGGUUGAGCCUUCAACUUUCCGUUGCAUUUUAGCAAGAAACAGCGUGCAACUUGGAAACUUCCUCAAGUGAUACCCAAGUUGGCCACAUCAAAAAGCAACUCAUCAAAAUAAUUUCUACAAUACUUGAAAUUUGCAGAAAAAUGCCAAUUUUACACAACUUAAGCAGUUUACAAAGCAUUUGCUAUUUUGAGGAUAAGGAAUUAGAUACAGUAUGUUAAUAAUAUCAGUUGUAUUAUGUGACAAGGUUCAACCUACAUUUGAAUAAUUUAAAUGCCUUUAUAACCUACAGAAGGACUCUUGGAAAUGGAACUGGAAACUAUAUUUAAUGUUUCCUAUUAUAGAUGUUAAAUUCUUAAAUCACAUAGUUUUGACAUAUUCUUUCUUUCGAGUCAAUUCUAAAAAACAAGUGUAAUUGACUUCUUCCACAGUAAGGACCUUUUUCUCUGCCAAAAAGGGUUGUAAAGAAAGUUGCAAAAAUGUCAUAAUUAUCAGACUUGAAGGACAACUCCUUGUGCCAGUUUUGAUAAUGAGCAAAGAUGCAAUAAAAAGGUAUAAUAUUGCAAGGUCCUGUCUCUAAACUAGAACACGCUUUUAUAAUCUGUCAAGCAACAUAAAGGCAGGUUUCAUACCAUAGAAUCACAGAAUCAUUUAGGUUGGAAAAAGAUUUACUGAGUCCAACCAUUCUCUAAAUCUGUCAUGUCUGGUGCUAAACCAUGGCCUACAGCACCACACCCCUUCAUCUUUAAAACACCUUCAGAGAUAGGGAUUUAAUCAUUUCCCUGAGAGAAGCCUGAACCAGUGUUUGAGAAGGCUUUCAGUGAAGAAGUUCCUUCUAAUAGCCAAUCUAUCCAACCCAAUAUCCAGAACUAACAUGCAAAAAAAAACCCUCAGAAACCUCCUGAAAAACUUUUGGUAUUUUUAUUCUUGCAACUUUCAGAGGGAAAUGUCCUUCAAUCUUUUGCUAUCAACAUAAUUUGACGCAUUAUGAACAUUAAAAAGUAGGAUUCAAGAUUUGUCACAUGCUUUAAGCUUAAUAGGAACGAUUAUUAAACUCCCUUUAGGCCAGCACAACCAUUUUCUUUUACCUAUAACAACUGUAAUCAUGUUUUUCAUUUAUUUUUUCUUUAUUCUUUCAUAUGUUGACUUCACACGGGUUAAGAAUCCCUCAUUAACAUAAGUAUCUUAAAAUCGCUGAAAUCAAGCAGAUAGCUGGAACUCAAGUGCCCUGAGGUCUUACCUAAGUCAGCACACAGAAGUCUCAUUACUGACAGUACUGUAUAAAAUGGAUAUUUUUAAUGUAUCUAUUUAGUGUAUAUUUGCUAUUGGGAUUCAAAAUAAAUUAAAUAAACUAAUAGAAUACUU